GGGAAUUAUUGAGCCCUCUCCCAUCAACGUACCGCAUGGUGGGAAUUUCUGCCUCCUUUCAGUAUCGCACUGGGAAGCGCUCCACCAUGCCCGACUCACCUGCGGACGUCAAGACACAGUCCAGGUUGACCCCCCCGACCAUGCCGCCCCCACCCAGCACACAGGGAGCACCACGCAACAGCUCCUACACCCCCACAACCUUAACCAAUGGCAGCAGCCACUCUCCCACAGCGCUCAACGGCGCUCCGUCCCCCCCCAACGGGUACAGCAACGGCCCCAGCUCGUCCUCUUCAUCCUCGCUGGCCAAUCAGCAGCUGCCGCCGGCCUGUGGCGCCCGGCAGCUCAGCAAGCUCAAGCGCUUCCUCACGACUCUGCAGCAGUUUGGCAACGACAUCUCGCCUGAGAUCGGCGAGCGGGUCCGCACAUUAGUGCUGGGACUGGUGAAUUCCACGCUAACCAUCGAAGAAUUUCACUCCAAGCUCCAAGAAGCCACCAACUUCCCGCUGCGACCCUUUGUCAUCCCCUUCCUGAAGGCCAACCUGCCGCUUCUCCAGAGGGAGCUGCUGCACUGUGCCCGGCUGGCCAAGCAGAACCCGGCUCAGUACCUGGCCCAGCACGAGCAGCUGCUGCUGGACACCAGCACCACCUCCCCUGUGGACUCCUCCGAACUCCUAAUGGACGUCAACGAGAACGGCAAGAGGAGGACGCCAGACAGAACCAAAGAAAAUGGCUUCGAGCGAGAUGGCGCCCUGCACCCAGACGUUCACCCCAACAAACGGCCCUGCACCAUCAGCCCGGCCCAGCGCUUCAGCCCCUCCAACGGGCUCUCCUACCAGCCCAACGGCCUGCCCCACCCAGGCCCCAUCCCCCCCCAGCACUACCGACUGGACGACAUGGCCAUCGCCCAUCACUACCGAGACAACUACAGACACUCGGCCUCCAACCACCGGGAGGUCCGGGAGAGAGCCAGGUCCAUCGGAAUACAUGCAGGGACCAGGCAGGAGGAAGUGAUUGACCACAGGCUGACGGACAGAGAGUGGGCCGAGGAGUGGAAGCACCUUGACCAUCUGCUGAACUGUAUCAUGGACAUGGUGGAGAAAACACGGCGCUCGCUCACGGUACUGCGGCGGUGCCAGGAGGCCGACCGAGAGGAGCUCAACUACUGGAUCCGAAGAUACAGCGAUGCUGAAGAGCUGAAGAAGGGCGCCACUAGUGGGCAGCCAAGGCAGCAGAGUCCCGCAGCACAGGAGAAUGCAACACCAGAAAUUCACAGGGAGCUGCUGCACCGGCCUGUGUCCGGCUACGUCCCGGAAGAGAUUUGGAAGAAAGCUGAAGAGGCAGUGAAUGAGGUCAAGCGUCAAGCCAUGUCCGAGCUGCAGAAGGCCGUGUCGGAGGCUGAGCGCAAGGCUCACGAGAUGAUCAGCAGCGAGCGGGCCAAGAUGGAGCGCACGGUGGCCGAGGCCAAGCGGCAGGCGGCCGACGACGCCAUCUCCGUAAUCAACCAGCAGGAGGACUCCAGCGAGAGCUGCUGGAACUGUGGCCGUAAAGCCAGUGAGACUUGCAGUGGGUGCAACACAGCACGCUACUGCGGCUCCUUCUGCCAGCAUAAGGACUGGGAGAAGCACCACCACGUCUGCGGCCAGACCCUCCAGGCCCAGCAGCAGCAGCAGGCCAACCAGCAGCAGGGAGGCGUUCCCGGGUCAGAGACCCCCGCUCCCAUUAGCUCAUCCGCCUGCACCCCGAGCAGUGGGACCGGGAGUCCGGCUGCUACCCCGCCUGCUGCUACACCUCGCUCCUCCACCCCCAGCACCCCAUCCUCCACCGCCCUGGACGGCACACCCCGCUAAGAGACUCUCACAGAGGAUGGAGGCGUGAAGGCCUGGAGGGGUCAGAGCCCUCAACCCCACACACAGCAUGACUGUCUACAUUGCCUUGCAAAGAUGCUAAGCUAACAUGACUAACAGAGAGAGAUGGCAAUCCUUCUGUCUAUCUUGCAGCAGAGUCAUAGAAGGAGGAGGAGGUCCAUAAUCAGGUCAUAUUGACUUGCCAUGACUUUAAGGAAACUCAAAGAUAUUCUUUGUUUUGAAUGAAUGAAUUUAAAUAUUGACAUCCUUUUGUCGUUACACUUGCUGUUCUUGUUGUCUGUUUGUCGUUGUGCCUGUUGUUGUUAAUGUUGCUGUCAUUGUAGCUUAUCUUAUUUUCUCCUGUAAAUAUGAGACUGACCAGAGAUAGCCGUGAACCCAAGAACAGUAUAUAUAUCUGACCUCCCUGUUUUUUAUGUUUUUUUUUUCCAUCCUGGAAUUAACACUUAAUUACUUCCUGUACCUGGGACAUGAGACUAGUCGACCUCAAGAAGACGAUUUACCAAGCGACAUACCAAGGGAAUCUAACUAGCUAGCGGAAUAUGGCAUCAGCAUUCUUCGAAAGGAAAGAAAUUUGAUUUAAGAAACUCUGAAAGACGCUGACGGACGGAGACAUAAAUAAAUGUGCUGCCUGGAGAGGGGAGAGGGAUGGACUGAAUCUCUGGUCCACAGACUGCCAUGAAACGGGCAGAUGUGCGGCAGAUUGCGAGCAGAGCCAGCUGUUCAACCAAUGUUAUUUCCCUCUCACUUGUAAUAAUAUCCAGGUCAGUGGGCUGGGAAAUACAAAUCCGUCUCCCUGAAGCAUGUAAAAGGAUACAAAAACUUUGCCCACUGCACAUGUGGAGGAUGUACCGACUACAAUUCACACGUGCAUGCUCGGUGGGUCAGGGAAGCUCUCCAGCAGCAAGCAAAGGCAUCAUCCCGCCGGUGAGACUGUCGAACUACCUGGACAGCAGCACACCGGGACACACGGAGCUGAAAGUCCACAGUGUGACCACUCACCCCACACUCUCCCCUUCACCUCUGAAAAAAAACAUUCUCUCAUCUUUCUUCAUGUUCUUUUUCUAUAGAUGUCAUGGUGUUUAAGACUUCUGUCCAGUGGUGUCAUCAAUGGUUAUUUAUUGUAUAUGUGUUGGACAAUUGUGACACUGCAUAGUACUUCAACCAGUCACAACUCACAUACCUUCAUAACUCUCUCUCUCUCUCUCUCUCUCUCUCUCUCUCUCUCUCUCUCUCUCGCUCUCUCUCUCUAGCUGGUGCAAAAAGAGACAAAAAAAAAGAAGUGUUAUCUUUUUUCCAAGCUGCUUUUCUAUUCUGUGUGUAGGUGGUAGAUCCCUCGUAGUUACUAUAAGUUUAACUUCCCUUUGUCCUCAAGAAAAGACAGAAGCUAUAUCUCAGAGCUGCUACUUGAGUCCGACCCAGAUCUUUUCUGAGAACUAGCAUGUUGCGCGGAAUGCUACCCUAAAUGUUUUGUACAAGGGACAUACAUAAAUGUAUUGCACUGUCACGGAGGUUAUUUUGGCAUGCUUCUUUUCAGCAUACUAGUGUUGUUGGUAUAGAGCCAUAACUCUUCAGCCAUUUUGUACGUAGU